GCGUUAAGCGCAUCUACGAUCUUCACACAAGAAGAUACAAAAUUAUCUAUUUGUGUCCGUGCUGACUACUGGUACUUCGACUACUGACUACUUACUGCUGACUGAUCACAAAUAGUUAAUCGUUUUCGUCUUCAGUCUUAAGUUACUAUCACUCUUAAGUCAGUUUAGUUCGAGUCGCACUACUGAUCAGUCAUACUUCUCAUCUCGAAUAAUAAAAUAUCCAUUUCUGGCCGAUCUAGUAUCUAUAUCGAUCGCAUUGAACAAAUGUCCAACAGUAGUAAAGUUGUUGUACUAGUUACACCGUGUGUUGCCUAUUUCUAUUCCAAAACAAAGUCGGAACAAAACUUGUUUCUGACAACAUAACUUUAAAUUAAACCAAAAAACUCACUCGUGGUUUAUCGGUCGCGACUCGCGAAGUAUUGAAUUCAAUUUUGUUUAGAAAUACAUAAAAAGAAGUUAAAUCAUUGCUACGUAAAUGUUUUGUAAUAAGAUCAUUUUCUACCAAAUAUAGUUUUUAAUAUUGUGUAAGAAAUUGUAAAUUGUGUGUGUGUAUGUGUGUGAUUUUAUGUUUGUCUAUAAGAAUCAAUGUGGAUUAAAAAGUGUUGAGACAAAAAGAGGAAUUUCUGUGGAAAUCAAAAAUAGCAGAGGUUUAUUGAAAUUCAACAACCCGAUUCAAGAAACUUUUGAUACUUCAAACAACUUAAAUUGAAUUAGUAGCAACGUUAUAAGGGUUUAUCGUUCCAUCAUUUUAAGAGUGACGACAUUGAGUGUAUCGUGUAUUUAUAUUUAUACAUCAUAGUAUAAAACUAAGCAGGGGCGCCAAAAUUUUCCUACAAAACACAAAGUUCCAUUCUAAACAACAACCACAAACAAAUAAAUCUAAUCAUGGAUGCUGAAUCAGAGGGUGUUCCGCCAAUUGAGCCAGCCGCACCCCAAAUGGAUUUAGCCGCACGUCGCCGCCUUUUCAUGUCACAACCAUCGACUGUGGCCACCAGAAAACAGCAAGCUGUAUGUGUACGCCGCGCUCACAAAAUGUACGGGACAGUCAAGAAUCCCAACAUUGUGCUUGAUGGGCUGAAUAUGACAGUACCAAAAGGAUCAAUUUAUGGACUCCUUGGUGCAUCGGGAUGUGGCAAAACUACUCUACUCUCAUGCAUCGUCGGUAGAAGAAGACUGAAUUCUGGAGAAAUAUGGGUUCUGGGAGGACGACCAGGAUCACGUGGCUCCGGAGUACCCGGUCCAAGAAUUGGAUACAUGCCCCAGGAAGUUGCAUUGUAUGGAGAAUUUAAUAUGCGGGAAACUAUGCGUUACUUUGGUCUUAUUGCGGGUAUGGCUAGUGGCGAUAUCGACGACCGUACAGAGUUUCUAGUAAAACUUUUGAAUCUACCAAAUCCUUCUAGAUUUGUUAAGAAUCUAAGCGGGGGACAACAGAGACGUGUGAGUUUGGCAGCUGCUCUCCUUCAAGAACCAGAACUUCUGAUAUUGGAUGAGCCAACGGUUGGAGUUGACCCUGUACUACGGCAGAGUAUUUGGGAUCAUUUAGUGGAUAUAACCCAAAAUGGAAACACAACGGUAAUAAUUACGACACAUUACAUCGACGAGUGUGCCCAAGCACAAGUGAUUGGAUUACUUCGUGGUGGAAAAAUGCUCGCUGAAGAAUCGCCAGUCUUCCUUCGAGAGAAAUACAAUGCUGAUUCAUUGGAAGCUGUGUUCCUCAAGUUAUCUGUUCUGCAGAAUGCGGGCAAACGAAGGAGGUCUUCGAUAGCACAAGAGAUUAUAGAACAAGUUGAUGUGCCAGCAAUAUCUAAUCCUGCGCUAGAUUUGUCAGAUGAAGCAAAUCCAGAGAUUUCUGGAGAGUUUGGCGAUAACAUUUCAAUGUCGUCGCACGGCAGAGAUCCGAUUACAGCAUCAGCAGCACCAGCGCCACCAUUGCCACCAGAAGAUGAAACCCCAACUUCAUGGACAUACAAUUUCGAUGUGAUGAGCAUGAAUCAUUUACACGCUUUGAUUUGGAAGAAUUUCUUGUGGAUGAUGAGAAAUGUUGGUGUGAUGCUUUUUAUUGUUGGCUUACCGGUUGUACAAAUUGUCGUUUAUUGUUAUGCUAUCGGCCACGAUCCAACGGGACUUAAGAUUGCAGUUUCAAAUCAUGAGAUGGACGAGGAUAUGAUCAACUAUCAGUACUGCCCUUCGUUACCAGGAUGUAACCAGACUAUGCUUAGUUGUAGAUAUUUGGACAUGCUGCGGACCAACAAAAGUGUUGUUGUGAAAUUCUUUCAAACAGAUGAAGAUGCAUACAGAGAAGUGAAGAUGGGCAAAGCAUGGGGUGCUUUAGUUUUUAGUAGCAACUACUCCGAAUCACUUGUGGAACGCACAGAGAGUGGUCGAUUCGCUGAUAAUGGCACACUGGAAACAGCUGAAGUUAGCGUUCGCCUUGACAUGUCAAAUCAACAAAUCAGCACAUUAUUGUACCGCGACCUGCAGUUCACGUUCUUUGACUUCGUAGCAGCAAUCCUGAGUGAUUGUGAUGUUAAUUCAAAGCUCGGACGUGUUCCUCUCGAUUGGCAGGAACCUAUCUACGGCGACCGUAAUCCCAAUUUCACUGACUUUGCUGCACCCGGAGUCAUCCUAACAAUUAUCUUCUUCCUGUCGGUUGCCAUCACAUCCGGUGCCAUGUUAAUCGAGCGCAAUGAAGGAAUGCUGGAACGAUGCCUGGUAGCCGGCAUAACUGGUGCGGAAAUUCUCUUAUCCCAAGUGCUUACCCAAUUUACAGUUAUGUUCAGCCAGACGAUUUUCGUGUUACUCUUCAGCUUCUACUUCUUCGAGGUGACGCUGCGUGGGGAUAUCUGGCUGGUGCUAUUCCUUUGUGUCCUCAACGGACUGUGCGGAAUGUCGUUUGGAUUUGUGAUAGCAUGCGCUGUUGACACGGAACGUACUGCCACGUAUGUGGCAAUGGGUAGCUUCCUUCCAAUUGUUAUGCUGUGCGGUAUUAUUUGGCCAAUUGAGGGCAUGUAUCCGUUGCUGAAAAUUGUCGCAUUCUUUUUGCCAUUAACUAAGCCAACAGAAUCCCUACGCUCAAUACUGCAACGCGGUUGGGGCAUUAAUAAUCCAGUCGUUUAUAAUGGUUUCAUUAUGAUAUCAACAUGGGUUUUGGUAUUUUUGAUAUUAACAAUUUUGCUGUUAAAAUUUAAAAAGGGUUAAAAUUCGAAUUUUUGGUUCAGAUGCAAAAUUAUUAUUGGUUAUAAAAUGUAGUAUAGUAUAAGUAAAUAUUAAUAAAAUCGAUUGUUUAUUGCUCAAAACAAGGAUAUUAUGGAUGAUAGUUUUUUUUUUAUAUUAGGUAAGGGUCCCUCUUUUCAUAAUUAUUUCUCUCUUUAAAAUGUAUAAGUUAGUUUAAAAUAAGGAUGGACAAACAAAAAUAUGACUCAUCUUUUUGUACUCGAUGUUGAAGUAUAAACACAUUUUUUUGUUAAGCAGUAUGUAAGAUGACUUGAUUGUUUUUUGUUUAUAAGAUUUAAAACAUUAAUUAAGGAUAUUAUGUAUUUGCAUUUUUUUAAAAAUAAAAAUGCUACCAAAAUCGAAAUAUGAAAGACAAAUAAAACAUUGUACUUACUAAAAUUUUAAAAAUAUA